AUGAUCCUGGCCUGCGAAAAUACCAUGAUGCCAAAGCCCUUCCGAUCGCAGGGCACAGCCGACAAUGCGAAGGCCGUGCUCGACUGCAUGACCAUCGCCGGCAAGUUCGGGUUCGAUCCUAGCAAGUGCUCAUCCUUCGUGGCCACCAACAAGGUCGGCAGCAUCCGGCAGAGCAUCAAGGUCAACCUCACGGCCGAUUGCAAGCUCGACUCGGAGGACGUCAAGAAACUCCAGGCCAACAUGGAGAACGAUCUGUCCCAAAGAAACGACCAGGUCAAUGAUGGGGUGGCCACCGCCCUUCACGACCUGGUCAACGUGCUGGGCGGUAGCGAUUCGAACAAGACGUACAGUCAGUUGGUGCACGACAUGGUGCAAAAAACGUUCACGACGGAUGUGUGCAACGAAACCAUAACCAACCUCACGAGCAGCAACAUCCUGAGCAUAUCCGCCAUCGGCCUGGCGUACCAGGAGGUGAACGGAGUGGAGAUGUCCAUCGAGUCGACCGCCAUGGUGUCGGCCAUGACGAAGAACAAGACCAUCGCGGACGCGCUCGAUACAUUCAAACAAAAAGUGGAUCAGGACAACAGCGAGAAAACGAGGGGCCUGACGGAUAUCGUGGAUUCCGUGGGGGCCACCGUGGGAGGCCUAUUCAAGACGAUGAGUUGGGUGUGGAUAGCGGUCAUAUGCGUCGGAGGACUGGUCGUGUUAUGGGGUCUGUGGGUAGGCCUAAAGUUCCUGCUAUCUCCUGCCGGCCAAGAUGGUACCAGAGAACUUGCGCACGCGGGCGCCGAAAAGAUACGCGACACUCCCAUAGUUCCGGUCUGA